UGAACCUAACAAAAAAAAAACGCAUCGAACAACCUUAGGACCAAAAAAUUGAACCCAAAGAGUUGUAGAGGUUUUUGCUACUUCUUCAAGUUUUAUUGCAAUUCAAAGGCGUCAAUAGUUAAAUUAACGUUUCUUCAUUUUCACUCACUCAAAUCCAUGAAAGCUUCAUGAGCAUUUCAGACACCAACGCGAAAUUCGCCUCUAAAAUGGAGAAAGAAGAGAAAGUAUCUUUGGAGCUUAGUGAGGAAAUUCUUCAGAGUAUGGAAGUUGGAAUGUCCUUCAAAGACUACAAUGGUAGAAUUAGUUCGAUGGAUUUUCAUAGGGCGUCCAGUUAUCUAGUUACAGCCAGUGAUGAUGAAUCCAUUCGUCUAUAUGAUGUUGCUGCUGGAACAUGUUUGAAGACAAUUAAUAGCAAGAAGUAUGGGGUUGAUUUGGUUUGCUUCACAUCUCAUCCUACAACUGUUAUUUACUCUUCUAAGAAUGGUUGGGAUGAAUCUUUGCGGCUUCUAUCAUUGCAUGAUAACAAGUACUUGAGAUAUUUCAAAGGUCAUCAUGACAGGGUUGUUUCACUUAGCUUGUGCUCUCGGAAAGAUUGCUUUAUAUCUGGAUCCUUAGAUCGAACUGUUUUACUAUGGGAUCAAAGGGCUGAGAAGUGCCAGGGACUUUUACAUGUACAAGGAAGGCCUGCUAUAUCAUAUGAUGAUCAAGGGCUUGUCUUUGCGGUAGCCUUUGGAGGAUACAUAAGAAUGUUUGAUGCACGGAAGUAUGAAAAGGGUCCCUUUGAGAUAUUUUCUGUUGGGGGCGAUACUUCUGAUGCAAAUGUUGUGAAGUUUAGUAAUGAUGGGAGACUCAUUCUCUUAACAACUGCAGAUGGGCAUGUCCAUGUUCUUGACUCAUUCCGCGGUACACUUUUAUCCACACAUAAUGUCACGCCUGUCUCAUGCAACUCCACUUUAGAAGCUUCUUUCAGCCCCGAGGGAAUGUUUGUAAUAUCAAGUUCUGGGGAUGGUAGCAUCUAUGCAUGGAAUGUUCGAAGUGGCAAAGAAGUUGCAAGUUGGAGGAGUGCAACUUCUGAUAUUGGACCUCCUGUUGUAAAGUGGGCUCCCGGGAGUCUUAUGUUUGCAACCGGGUCAUCUGAGUUGUCAUUUUGGGUUCCAGAUUUGUCGAAAAUAGGAGCUUAUGUCGUGAAAAAAUAGAAAAACUCUACACAAUGAAGCUAUUGUUUACCCAUCAGCCAACUGAAAGAUUAUAUUUUGUUAAUCCUACUGACAAACUUUGCCAUGGCUUGUAAAUAUUCUUCUCCUAAGAGCAACAGAUAUUUCUGCGAGCCUCCUGAACCGAACAAGUUUGUUGAGAUAUCUGAAUGUCUAUUUAUGUUAUUUGUACUAUUUCAUUCAUGCUUUGUAGAGGUUAUUUGGUUAUA